CGAGUAAACAGAUAUCGAGGGAUGAGAACUGAUCUAUGCAACGCAUGCGUCCGCUAAAAUUGCGCAUUUUCAAUCAAUCAUCGAGUUAACAACAAUCGAAUGAAAAGAGGAAAUAUCCAAGGACUUUUCUCUAAUUAGAAAAGACUCAAUUAACGACAAUCGACGAAGCAGGAUGUGCUAGUAUCAAGAGAUGAGAGAUGAGCUCCAGAGGAUCCUGUGGAAAUCAAUAAACCGGAGCCAGUGAUCGGCUGUAGCUGACAAGUUUUUCUACAAAAAAGGUCCUUUGACCUUCGCAGUGCGCCUAUUCAAACUCAUAAUAAAUGGCAUCGAAGGUGUAAUUAGACUUUCGUGAUUCAUACGAGUGCUCGACGUCCCGGGCAUAAUCACGAAUAUCUACAUACCUGUAAUGGCCUCACGAGCAAGGUACGCAGACGAGGGCCUUUCAACUUGUUGGUUUCACAGUAGUACCGCAUAGUCUUCGUUAAGGUGUGUUUCCCUCGGCUGCAACCAAAGAAAAAACAGCCACAUGUUUCAUGGAUUUUUAACUGAAUUCUACUGACGGCGGUUGAUGACAGUUCGGAGAAUAAAUCAGGAAUAUUCACGGUAAAUCUGCUGGGAAGAUCACUAAAAUCAUAACGAGAUGGAUCAAGUUCGAUUGUCCGUGCUCUUGACCCUCUUGACCCUCUCGUCGGUGAUCCUCGCCCUGCGGGAUGGCGCACCACCUGAUGCCUGUGGACACUUGACCCCUCGUCAUCCUGGGACCGCCGUGACUAAUAGUUAUCCACCAUAUCAGAUACUUCCGGCGGCUGGACAAGGCAGAAUUCGAGUGAUUCUCGGUAGUCCCCAAGGACUCGCUUAUCAGGGAUUCAUUAUCAAUGCUAGAAGCGCUGAUACUGGAGAAUAUAUCGGAGAAUUCACCAAUCUUCCGGACAACGUCAAGGCUAUCGAGUGUACACCCGGUCUCAAGGAUGGAGUUACUCACACAGACACCAGUGAAAAACACAAUAUUGAGUUCGAUUGGGAGGCACCAGCCGACUACGAGGGAACUAUUAUUUUCAACUCGACAUUCGCCCAAGAUUACAGCACGUACUGGAUAGGGGUUGAAUCUCCCCGCAUAACUGUUUUGGGACGUAGCAUCGAGGUGAUGACAUCUCCAACACCACCACCAACCGAGAGACCAACGACACCACCGUAUUACGAGGCACCUGUGGCACCAGAAAAAGACGAAGCGCUGACGCGGAAACGCGCCAUCUACUCCGGCUGUGGCACGACGAGGACCUGUUUCGGGGCGCCAAACAACUGCAUAGACACCCAGGACUGCAAAGCGGUCGUAGCAAUAUCAGUCCGUGGCGAGCGCUACAUAUUCGAAUUGCAGGGUGAAUCCGCCAAAUACAUAGCAGUGGGUCUAUCCGAGGACGACAAAAUGGGUGACGACAGUGUCGUCGAGUGCACCGAAACAGCCGGCAAGAUCUAUCUUCACCACUCCUGGAACACCGGUCACAAGAACGAACGCCUGCCAUCGCAGUCCGGCAUGCUGAGCCUCGAGCACAGCACCUUCGAGGACAACAGAAUCUACUGCAGAUUCACCCGCGAGCGACGGACAACCGUCAACAACCGUGAGUUCGAUAUCGAGAACAAUGCGUAUUAUUUGCUCCUAGCGAUGGGUCGCGAUCUGAAGCCGAACGGCGUUGGCUAUCACUUCUUGCGGGAAGCUUCAGCAACGCGGCGACGUUUGGCGGAUGUCGCGCGAAUAGCAGCUGCCGACGAUGUUCUCAUCCGGGUUCAUGGGGCGCUGAUGAUCGCCUCGUGGAUUGGCACAGCAUCCGUGGGAAUUCUCAUGGCGCGUUACUACAAGCAGACUUGGCUGCGUUCUUCACUGUGCGGCAAGGAUCAGUGGUUCGCAUGGCAUCGCUUCUUCAUGAUCCUGACGUGGUCCAUGACGAUCGCUGGAUUUGUCGUUAUUUUCGUGGAAAUCGGCACUUGGAGCUCUGCAACUGUUCAUGCAGCUCUUGGCGUUGCAACGACUGUUCUUGCGUUCAUACAACCGUUUAUGGCGGCAAUGCGGCCCCAUCCUGGUACACCCCGCAGGCCGUUGUUCAAUUGGGCCCAUUGGUUUGUUGGCAAUGCUGCACACAUUUGCGCUGUUGUUGCUCUUUUCUUUGCGGUACGUCUCACUAAAGCCAAAAUUCCUCAGUGGGUGGACUACGUUUUGGCGGCUUAUGUCGUUUUUCAUGUCGUGACCCAUAUUAUUCUGUCGUUCGCUGGUUGUGUGUCUGAUAGACAUGACAGUCAGCGGAUCAAUGCUUUUCCUAUGAAGGAUCUUCAGAGGGGAUCUAUGGGGCAUCCUGAUGCCAGGCGUGAUGCGCCUUUGGCCGCCAUGCGGAAAAUCAUUUUCGCCAGUUAUUUUAUUGUUAUUGCUGGAUUUGUCGCCGCCCUUGUUGUCAUUGUUGUACUUGCACCUGUUGAGGACUCGUGGCAGAAGUUUACGGAGAAUUUUUGAGCUGAGUCAUUGGUGGAUUCGAGAAGGGGAGGGGGCGUUUUUGAGGAAAAUAUAAAUUUGCAGGGCGAGAAUUUUUGAGGGGAAAUUAUUGAUUUGGAACCGCAGUGGAAGCUUAAGGCAAUUGUGCAUUUGGAGAAGUGGCAGUUUUUAAUUAUUUUUUUUUUGAGACACAGAAUUUUAAUGGACAAGAGUUUUUGGUGGAAAUUUCAGGUGCAGAAUUUUUGAGGCGAAAUUAUGAGUUUUGAGGUGGAAAUUUUCAAUGGAAACUUGAGGCAACUGUAGUUUUCUGAAAUCCAUAAUUUCUCGUUGAAUAACUGAACUGAAAUAACAUCCCUCGUAUAUUUUCAAAAAUGUUUGACCUACAGAAGCUGAAAUCCCCUAAAAUUUCCGUAAAACAACAAUCUCAUAAAAUCUCCUAAAAAAUUACUGAGGAUUGCAGCCGAAAAUCCGUCCAACUGUAAAGUUUCUGAAUAAUAUAAUAAGAUGAAAUUUGAAUUAUCAAGUGAUAGUUAAGAUUCUUAAAUUAAUAUCCAUGUAUUUUUGACAAGAAAUACGGCAAGCCGAUGCUUGGAAUUAGCGAAUCCUCAAUCGACUCCUCAAUUAUCAUGUGUACAUAUCGCUGAACUAACAGUUCACUAUUAAAGAAUGAUGUAUUCAAUAGAGGAAAUAAUUUAAUUGAGAGAUAAGUUAUGAGCGACGGAAGUUGAACCUCUGGAUGGUGCAUUUACUUAAAUCUAUUUUUCCGCAAGUUGUUAUUACUGAUGGCUAUUGCAGUAAUUGCGCUGGUUGCUGAACACCUACCUGAUAUUAACUUUCGUAUUUUUAUGUGCUAUAUGUAUGACGUAACAGUAGUUUUUGUAAUUAAUUGACUAUUUUAUUGGCUCGGGGGAGAGCGAUUCAGUUUUUCAAUGGAACUUUAUAUCGUUCUCCACUGGGAUUGUGCAACUUCUUUUUUAUCGCUGUAUUGAACAUUUUGAUUCAAUUUUUUUAAUCAACUUUACAGUAUUAGUUUAUUGUUGGAGAAACUUUCGGUCCAAUGAGUGGAUUUGUAAAAGGAUUUAUUGAAAAUUUAUGUAUGGAAAUAAAAGAUUUAGUUUAUUAACA